CUUUGUGGGGUAUACAGACAAGCAGUAUCUGUUACAAAUGAAUGCUGCGGGAGGAGGGCCCGAGAAGAACAAAAAUGACGGAGAGGGAUGGCUGUCGAGCACGAGACAAACCAGAUCGGACGGGGGAAGGGGGAGGUUUAUGAAGGAAAUGCCGACCGAGAGGACAGAAACAGGCGCGCAAGGACUAAGGGUUCUUGUCAAGGGCGGCAAGCGGAUCCAGUCAUGCAUGGAAAGCCGAUAGGCUGCACCUGGUUGACGAUGGAAAAUUACACACAAGAGAAGGAGGGAGAGAUGAGGGUCCAGGGCCGAUUGAGUAUCAAGCUGGUCUAUCCAACUUUGCCCCCCUCUCGACGGACGACAGACGCAGAUCUUGGCAAGGACAGGAUAUGGCAGGCUAUCCUGGCAGCAACCCCCGUUACUUCUUGCACACGAUUUGGGGGAGGGAUGGAGGCGAUUUGGCUUUUUGGUCGUGCUUCGAUACGUACCAAGUCCUACGGCAGGCCAGCGGGAACGAGCGAAACCUUCCCCGUCGUUGUCGAGUCUACUCCUCUGUAUUCGUACGGAGUACUACUGUCUGGGCGAGCUGAGAACGAGGUGCCUGGCGCGGGUACAAACCCAUAUUCGGCCGAAGAAAGGGCAAGCAGUCGCAAUCGCAGUCGUAACGAAGUGGAUUUGGACGAGACCCCGUCGCCAGCGACCGUGACCUGGGGGAGACGAGAACCACAGCAAUGGGAUGUCACCCUGCUCUCCACCGUGGCACCGAGACAUAUGCGUACGCCCCAGGCGGGCGACUGAGAAAGUCUGAGAGCCCCCAGAUAGCGUGGGCUGUGCUGGUUGGCCAAUGGGCAACUUGUCACUUGAAGCCG